AACGAAGAAGAAGAUGAUUCACGUGAUUACGAUCAUGUGAUUGAAAGCGCAGGAUCAUAAUAAAACGUCCAGGAAUGUGAAGCAAAGUUACAAGUGGAGCGUUGCUGUUAACAGUUAACAGGCGCUAACAUGAUGCUAGCGCCAUUUCUCAUUCUUGCCGCUGUGGUUGCGGGCACGGCGGCUCGGUACACCGCCGACUGGACCAGCCUGGACGCUAGACCGCUUCCUUCUUGGUACGACGAGGCCAAAUUAGGGAUAUUCAUCCACUGGGGCGUGUUCUCCGUCCCUGGGUUCGGCAGUGAGUGGUUCUGGUGGCACUGGCAGGGUCAGCAGCCUCCGGACCCAAAGUGCGUGGACUACAUGAGGAAGAACUACCCGCCUGGGUUCAGCUACCCGGAGUUCGCGCCGCAGUUUCACGCUCAGCUCUUCGACCCGGAUGAGUGGGCGGACAUAUUUAAAGCGUCUGGUGCACAGUAUGUCGUCCUGACGGCCAAACACCACGAGGGCUUCACCAACUGGCAGUCCCCCAAUUCCUGGAACUGGAAUUCCGUUGACAACGGACCUCACAGGGAUCUGGUGGGAGACCUGGGAGAGGCCGUGCGCAAAAGAUCAUUGCACUAUGGACUCUACAACUCCUUGUAUGAGUGGUUCCACCCCCUCUACCUGAACGACAAGAAGAACGGAUUUAAAACACAAGACUUUGUGAUGCAUAAACUGCUGCCGGAGAUUUAUAACAUGGUCGUAAGGUACAAACCGGAGGUUAUCUGGUCUGAUGGCGACUGGGAGGCACCGGACACUUACUGGAAUUCCACUGAGCUACUGGCCUGGCUUUACAAUGACAGUCCUGUACGGGACACCGUGGUGACCAAUGACCGAUGGGGAGCUGGAUGUGCCUGCAAACAUGGCGGCUACUACAACUGUGAAGACAAGUACACCCCAGGCCAGCUGCCCAAGCACAAGUGGGAGAAGUGCACGUCUGUGGACACGCUGUCCUGGGGUUACCGUAGGAACAUGAAGCUGAGCGAACUGAUGUCUUUACCCAGCAUCAUAGGGGAUCUGGUUCAGACUGUAGCUCUGGGUGGUAACUACCUCCUCAAUGUGGGCCCCACGCCUGACGGGAUGAUCCCUGUAGCUUUUGAGGAGAGGCUGAGGGGUGUUGGAGCCUGGUUAAAGACCAAUGGGGAGGCUAUAUAUGCUUCUAAACCCUGGAGGGUACAGGGAGAGAACAGCACCAUAACAGUGUGGUAUACUUCUAAAGGAAGCACUGUCUAUGCCUUUAUGACAGUCAAACCUCCCAAACACACAGUGCAGCUGUGGGAACCCAAGACGUCAGCAUCCACCAAGGUGACUUUGCUGGGGAAUCCUGGGCCUUUAUCUUGGGUUCCACUCCGUCCCACUGGGGGUCUUACUGUGCAGCUGCCUGAUCUGCCUGACACGCCUGCGCAGGCCUGGACACUCAAAAUGGAAAAUGUCAGCUGAAAUGUCAACUGGCCUCAGGUUUAUUUGUUUGUAAGACAACAAGAUCUUCUCUGUGGUUAAAGGGAUAACACUUUAUAUUUCAAAAUAAAGGAAUCAAGCACUGCUCCUAAAUUAUUCCUCUGUUGUUAUGAGGAUCAAAGCUAGCUUUGAAAUCAGUCUGGUAGACUCUCUGCUUUUUAUAAUAGUCUUUUAUAAAUUUGUUUUCUGAAUAAUACGUUUGAAAAUGCACUUUUUCUAUUUUGUUACUACAUGCUUUCAAAUGAGUGGAAUAAAAUACCACGUAAGAGAA